AUAAGCUAGGAAGAGAUACACUAUUGGCUAUUUCAUGUGCAGUGUGUCAUCUGGCAGGCUGUAUAUAUCACAGGGAAGGCAGGGACCACUCAGUCUCUGAGCGAAGCUGCUUCCAGUGUAUAGCUCCGAGAUACUUGAAGGAUGGAAAGAAGUGGGAAAAGCUGCCCUUGCUUUUUUUGAUUCUGACAAGCUCUGAAAACUCUUUGGGAAAUAGAAAUCUGCUGAAUUAAGGACUAUGUGGAAAAGCAGGAAAGCAGAUUUCCAAGGACAAGUUGUGAGGGAGAAGCAGAACAGUGUCCAGAAGGAAAUAUUCGCUAGGACUUCUUUCUCGGUGCACAGAGAAAGUGUUUUGGGAUCUUUGAUACUUCAGCAUCAAAUCAACUCUUGUGUAUAGGACAUACGGGACUGAAAAAGAACAGCAGCUGGAGAGUUCUUGGAGCAAAGCUCUCAUGUAAUCAGCAUAGGAAGAAGGACCCAUUUAUCAAGUCUUUUAUGUAAUUUGCAACCACAGGAUGUAUUUUUAAAACGCAAGUGCAUAUGUUCUCUCCUGCAACUGCCAACUCAGCACCUGAGCUCCCAGAAAGGAGGGAGGGCAGAAAGAGACACCGAGCCUCCCAGGUGGCAGGGACACGGGUAGUCUUCGCACUUCACCUCCCGACCAUGAGCGGACACAUGUGGUUCCCUUUCCAGUACAUCUCCAAGCCCUUCUGGAGAGCAGAGAGUCACAACAGCACCAGCUUCCUCUCUGCACUCUAUGGCUUCCCCAAUCAGUCCUUCUUCCAUAGCGAGAUGGACCUGGAGGACCUGGGUGACUUUGACAGUGGGACCAGGUAUGAGGGCGAGUCGCAGAGCCGGACGGUGAAGGCGCUGCUCAUAGUAGCCUAUUCGGUGAUUAUAUGUAUCUCGCUCUUUGGCAAUAUCCUGGUGUGCCAUGUGGUGAUCAAGAACAAAAGGAUGCACUCAGCCACCAGCCUCUUCAUCGCCAACCUGGCUGUCGCAGACAUGAUGAUCACCAUUUUGAACACCCCCUUCACGCUGGUGCGGUUUGUAAUCAGCACCUGGGUUUUUGGAAAGCUGAUGUGUCAUGUAAGCCGGUUUGUUCAGUACUGCUCAGUUCAUGUAUCUGUACUGACCCUUGCUGCCAUUGCUCUGGAUCGACACCAGGUUAUCAUGCACCCUCUGAAGCCACGCAUGUCCAUGGUAAAAGGAGGGAUUUGCAUCAUUAUCAUCUGGGUUAUGGCCAGCUGCUUCUCACUGCCUCAUGCCAUUUACCAGACUCUGGCAAGAUUUUAUAUUGGGAACAGAACAAUCCGAACGGUCUGUCUCCCCAGCUUCCCUCCUCCUGCUGACCUUUUCUGGAAGUAUUUAGACUUGACUACUUUUGUUCUCUUGUAUGUCCUGCCCUUGCUUGUGAUCUCCAUCACAUACACCAUGGUGGCCAAGAAGCUCUGGCUGAGAAAUGCCAUUGGGGACAUCACCAUGGAGCAAUAUUAUGCCCACCAACGGAAAAAGAAGAUGACACUGAAGAUGCUGAUGGUGGUGGUGAUAGUGUUUGCAGUGUGCUGGUUCCCUCUGAACUGCUACGUGGUGCUGAUCUCCUGUAGGGCCAUCCACAGCAACAACGCUAUGUACUUUGCUUUUCACUGGUUUGCCAUGAGCAGCACUUGCUACAACCCUUUCAUUUAUUGCUGGCUAAACGAGAGCUUCCGAUCUGAGCUGAAAUCCUUGCUGUGUGCGUGCCGGCGAAGGGAUGCAGCCCAGAGCCAUGCUCUGCAGCCCAUAUCCCCUCCUUUCAGGCAUGCUUGGGUUGAGAGCUGCCAUUAUAAAAGAGACAGCACCUGUCAGAAAACAAGGGCAUCAUCCCAAAGGAACUCAGCAAAGACAGACAUAUCCAGUGUCCAGCCAGUUGUAACAGGAAACUAAACCCUUGACCAGGCUGUACUGUGUUAUAAUUGCAAAGUUAUAGAAAAAUUAGGUUGGCAGGGACUGCUGGAGAUCAUCUAGUCCAACCUCCUGCCCAAAGCAGGCUAACUUCGAAGUUAGACUGGGUUGCUCACGACCUUGUCCAAUGAGGUUCAGAAAAUCUCCAAGGAUGGACUGCCCACGUGCUGCCUCCAGUGUGUGACACUGGGUGCAUUUUUAGUCAGAACAGUCAGCAAAAAUUAAGUGUAUUCAUUAAUAGCACAUGAAAUCAUUCAUGGCCUAAGCAAAUAAACAGAGCCUACACUGAUUUAUACACACACCAACUAAUGCACAUCAUUUUUAGUGGGAUGGCUGUUUACACAUAGAGAAACACUAUAUUGUUUCCAACUUUGUGUUUAUUUUUAAUGUAUUCAAGAUGAGUAGCAUUUAUAGCCAUUCUCAAAUUUAAAAACACAACAUUUUUGCUGCUUAAUCUGCUGUUAUUUUUAUUAUGCAGAUCUGGACAUCUUAUUCAUUCAAACCAGUAAGUGUU